CAUUCUGCGACAGAGUCGGUUUACUAUCGCGACGGAAAAUCGUGAUAUAAACAUACAAAUGUAACGAUUUGAAUGCUACAGGCGCGAGUUGUCUCAGCAGCAAUUUAUAUAGACACGUUUGUUCAAAGACACACGCACAAAUGUAAUCAAGUUGGUUAAGGCUUGUAUACUGACGUUGCAGUUACAUUUGAAUACUCGGUAACGUUAGCAACCUUGUCCUCCAUUUAGAUACUUGAGCAGCUAGGCUAACUCGCAGUCAAGUGCAGUUCCACUUUGAAAUCCACGUUGGUGGAGCCCGAAGGUGGAGAGCUGCUAAAGCAGGCAAGCAGGCAAAGGCCAGCGGGGAGUCCCUGGAGGAAUGGACAUGAUCCUUGGACAUGAGAGUCCAAGUUCAUAACAGCUCCGACCAGGCAAAGCCGGCACCAGCCGAGAUGUCGGAGAAUGGGCGCGCACGGAGGAAACGCGUGCCCAAGUUAUGCGACUGCUGUGGGCCGAACACCAAACCUCAUGCGCUGGGUCACGGGCCGGUCACGAAGAAACGCGGCCGCAGGAAGAAAGAGGUGGUGAACGAAGUGGAGGUGACGACUGACAACCAUUUAAGUUCUGCAUUCGUCGACCUAGCGUCGACACCAGACACCACGGACACCAUGACUGUGUGCGGAAUGCAACAAGUAACACUUCCUGAACCAGGCACACCAACACAGUGUGGGGAACAGAUUAUUCCUCUGGUUCUGCACAAUGGCACUGCGGCCAGUCCAGAGAACAGUGAAAGCAAUGAUGCUGAUUGCGCUCCACUCGGUGACUCAAAAGAGCCCAGUUCUGUCACGCACAGUACAACUCAAGCGAGUUUGGAUUCACACUGUGAUCCUACAGCACCUCUGGAUUGCCUGCGUCGCAGUCCGACCUCACAAAAUGACUGUAUGGAUAAAUUCAUACGUCCUGCUGCAGAGAGCAGCAUCACUAAGGCAGAUCAGCCCACAGACACUGAUGCCAUGGAAAUUGAACACGCGGUGUAUGCAGUUUAUCUAAACACAAAGGCUUUAUGGGACCACUGUUACUGCAAACGGCCUCACGUCGAUGCAGAAGAAGAGCAAGCUAAUAUCUCACAGCCACCUUCAGCUGAAAUCCAGCAGGAAGAUGUUGUAGAACUCCUUCACGAAUACCUCGAGCUUUUCUAUGGGAAGUAUGGGAGCUUCAUUCCACUGAACGAGGAGGACAUUCUUCAGUACCUGAACGAACACUUGAACGCUGACUUUAAUGACCGAAGGAAAAUGAUCAACAAAGAAGUGCUGAAGUACAAGGCCGGCUUGGCGUGCGCGUCGAUGCAUUUCUUUAAAGUGACCUACAACAAGCACACUCUGGCACUCGAAGACCUUUCAACACUUGAAGACCAAAACUGGGUCAAUGACCAGGUCAUAAACAUGUAUGGUGAAUUGAUCAUGGAUGCUACAAACCACAAGGUCCAUUUCUUCAACAGUUUCUUUUACAAACAGCUUGUAGCAAAAGGCUAUGAAGGAGUGAAGAGGUGGACAAAAAAGGUGGAUGUGUUCUCUAAAAGAUUGCUGCUGAUUCCUCUCCACUUGGAGAUCCACUGGUCCCUGAUUACUGUGGACGUCCCCAAGCAAAACAUAAACUUCUAUGAUUCCCAAGGAAUAUUGUUCAAGUUUGCUGUUGAAAACAUUUUGAAAUACAUCAUAGCGGAGGCAAAAGAAAAGAAGCACGCUGCUCUCCAAAAAGGCUGGAAGAUGACUGUCAACAAGGGUAUUCCACAACAGAAGAAUGAUAAUGACUGUGGAGUUUUUGUUCUGGAGCUAAAGCAGUAGUCGGACCAAAUAAAAUGUGGAAGGUGAAAGAUGCACUUUUGCUUCUGGUAGCAGUACUUUCACAUUGCGCCAGCGUUAUCUAGAUGAAGUUUGUAAAAGAAGAGAGGAUUUGCUCGUAAUUAAGUAACGUACAUGCCAUACUGAGUUCUUACUUCGUGUACCUCUUUAAAAAAUAAAUAAAAUGCUGUCUUGUCUCCCGAUGUGCAUUAGCGUCUAGCAUUUUUGUAGAAACUUGUUUUUCCCUCUGCUGAUGUAACACUGUAUUACCCUCAUGUCAUAUAAGUACCCUUCAGAAAACAUGAUAAUUGUUUUCUCUGUGAACUUAUGCACUUCCUGUUUACCUUUUUCUUCUGCAGUACUGCAAGUGCCUGGCAUUUAAAGAACCAUUGCAGUUCACACAAGAGGACAUGCCUAAAGUGCGUAAAAGAAUAUAUAAGGAACUCUGUGACUGCAAACUCACUGACUUACAAAAACAGGUCUAAUAUUAAUGUUGUUCACUCAUGUGCUGGUCAGUGGAUUUUCUUUGUUGUUGUCGGUCAUGAUGGAAGAGGACAUGCACUUCACGGUCGGUCAUAAGUCUGGAGAGAAUUCGUUGUUCCGGACAAGAAACUGUCUCGACAAGACUCGAGACGCCAAAACGUCAGGCUUCUGCACACGGUCAGUUUUACAUCGUCCACAGAUGACGUUAAAUGUUGGCUAUCGAAAAGGCUACUUUUAACAAUCAUGCGUGGCAACCUCAGAAAACAAUCGAGUUUUCUUUUUGUACAUUUCUUUGUCCUAAGCCUUUGCAGCUUGUUCAAUCUUUUACCCAUGUCCCAAACUAUGUGGUUCGAUCAGGUUCCUUUUCCACAAAUAUAUGCAGUGUGUGAUACACAGCAUGUAACUUGAAGGAUCUGUAUUUUAUAUUCUUGAUUGCAUUCUAUAUGCAGUACAGGCAGAAUUUGAACAAAAGGCAAGCUUUUAAAAUGAAUGUACUGUUAAAAUGAAGAACAAUGUUUGUUUUUUUUAUUUUUCUUUCAUUUCCCCACCGAACUUGACAUCUAAACAACACUUCCUUUAAAGACUUUUAUCUCAGACUGGCCAUGCUUUACUAAUGGGCCAUAUUCUUUCUCUUUCAUACUCUUUGUUAGAAGCACUCUAGACACUUUCUUUAACGCUUUAAUGUUUUUAAAAAAGCAACGUCAUCCCGACAUUUCCCGUAGCAUGUAGCUGUAAGUUCUGUUUCAACUUCCAUAGGGUGUUUUACGUUCACGGCAAACGUGGGUAUGAAAGAAUUAGGUACCUGACUGGGUCAAGUUUAGUUGUGGUUUGACGACUAAGCAAAUUAAAACCAUGUAUGUAAUUCAACCAGACAGAACAGCCUGGAUUCAUGAAGGCUCGUGUGUAUACUCCCAGAACAGUGACAGGAACUAUAUUAACGAUAGCCUUACACUUAAAAAAACAAAAAGCUUUACUGUGUGCGGAGCUGGUACAGUCAUAAUUCCAGCACAGUUCUUGUCCAUUUAUGACAGCCAGAAUGACCAACAAUUAUAAGUAAAUAUGAUUAGACAUCAAAUUGUGGGAUACUGUAUUUUCAGUUACUUGAAGUGUAACUACAAAAUUUGACCUCAGUGAAAUGCUUCUGUUUCCUUCUGUUUGACUACUAUUUGUCAUUAUUUAAACAACCAUAUAAAACCAUUAUUGUUAACAUUC